ACAGAUUUUAAAUACGAAAAAACUCCAAAUAUUCCAAAUCAACCAUUAGAUGAAGAUAAUCAAAAUCAAUUGUCAGAUAAAGAUACUCAAAAUCAACUAUCAUAUGAAGAAAGACGAAUCUUAAUUGAUGUUGAUGAAGAGCAUCAAAGAAGCAAAUCGUCUACCUAUGGUGAAAUUCGUGAUAUACUUCUACAGUCUGAUUAUUCACUUUAUAAGAAAGCUUUAAGACAAAGAAAGACAGUCAAAAGUGGCGAUGAGUAUGAGCUUGCGAACGAUGAUAAUUAUUAUGAUGAUAUGUUAGAAUAA